CAGGCGACCUUUUUGCAGAAUUAGCGACGAGUUCCUCCUCAUUUUCGACCGACCAAAGGAAAUACCCCAAUACCCCUUUUUACCUCGCCGCGGUCAGAUUCUUUGCCUACGAACACAGCACUCAUCAUGGAGGAUAUUCUGAAGGCCCUGCCAGCCGAUGGCGCGUCAAUCAUGCCCAAGGUUGCGCCGCACCUGAGCCGUCACCUGCUCUUCCCGCUUAUCCAGUUCGAGGGCGACCAGGCUGAGGAGAAGGGCGAUGCCGAGCUGGCCAAGAAGAUUCUGUCAGGCAAGAUUCAGCUGCUGGACGACACCAACAUGACGGACUACGUGGCGUCGCUAUACUGCGAGCUGCACGGAGUGGCCGAGGCCCCGGCCGAGUACACCAAGAAGAGACAGGAUGUGCUGGCACAGCUGGACAAGUACGAGAAGGCGACGGAGCAGAUUGCAAACCUCUUGACCCAGGACGAGGUCGUCAACGGACUGAGAAGCGACAAGGUGGCCAACUUGGAGUUUCUCAAGAACCAGCACGGAGUUACUAUUGAGAUGGUGAAUGCUCUGUAUGACUUUGGACAGUUCCAGUUCCGAUGCGGCCAGUAUGGACCUGCUGCCGAUAUGCUCUACCAAUUCCGAGUUCUCUCCACCGACAAUGACAAGGUGGCCGCUGCCACAUGGGGAAAGCUUGCUUCCGAAAUCCUCUCCACAAACUGGGAGUCUGCCGUUGAUGAGCUUAAGAACGUCCGAGAGGGCAUCGACACCAGACUCUUCAACAACCCCCGAGCUCAGCUCGACCACCGGACUAUGCUUAUCCACUGGUCUCUCUUCCCCCUGUUCAACUUCGAGGGUGCCCGGGAACCCAUCCUGGACAUGUUCUUCUCUGCUUCCUACAUCAACACCAUCCAGACUUCUUGCCCCUGGAUUCUGCGGUACUUGAUUGCCGCCGUUAUCACCGGCCGCACACGUGCCCGCAACAGCUCUGUCCAGCAAAAGCAGCUCAAGGACAUCGUUCGCUAUGUUCGACAGGAGGCCUACGAGUAUGCUGACCCCAUUACCCAGUUUGUCAACGCCCUCUACAUUGCCCACGACUUCAACGCUGCUCGUGAGGCUCUCCGCAUGGCCGAGGAGGUGUGCCGUGGCGAUUUCUUCCUGGCUGCCUCUACUGACGCAUUCGUCAACGCUGCUCGACACCUCAUUUGCGAAAGCUACUGCAAGAUCUUCAGCCGAAUGAACAUCCGGGAUCUGAGCGCCAAGCUUGGCUUGAACCCCGACGAUGGCGAGAAGUGGAUCGUGAACCUGAUCCGCGAGACUCGCCUGGAUGCCAAGAUUGACAGCCAGGAUGGCACUGUCAUUAUGAACCACCCUCCCAACAACGUUUACCAGCAGGUCAUUGAGAAGACCAAGGGUGGAUUCUUCAGGACACAAGUCCUCAACGCGGCUGUCUCUAAAUAAAGGAACGGAGACUGCUAGCAGAUAUGUAUUCGUAACAAUCAAAUAGCAAAGCGAAACCUCGUCUAGAAAUCGACCUUUUUCAAACAAGGGGAAGAGGGGGGGUUUCGGGAAAGAUGAUGCUCGUGCUUCAUUUCUUUUUAAACUCCCAGCUUUCGGAAAGGCAAAGAAGGGGACACAAUUUGGGCAACGCGGACGGGGACGGGUUAUUGAAGGCACCAAAAAAACCGGCGAUUUUCAAAUUUCAAAGGCUCCUCGAAGAGGAAAAAGGGGAAAUUAAAAGAGCAAAGAGCAAAGAAAAAACGGUAGACCGGCCCUGUUUUUUUAUAUUCUUAUCUCUCUCUCUCUCUCUGUGGUGAUGCGGUUUGCAUUGCAUGGCGUUUAUUCGGAUAAGACAGGGACAGGGAGGAUGUCUUCUUGAGGGAGGGGGCAGGGUUGUAAUGAAAUUAUUCUUUUGUGCAAUGAUGAGAAGUUUAAAAAGCGUUGCCGACU